ACCUCCGAGGUCAAUUAGCUCGUAUACAGAAAUGGCAUCUGCCUUUGCCACUAAGUUUUCCAGUAGAAGGUUGAUUAGGAAAACUACUUCUCAGUUGAUGAGGGUUAAACAGAGGGAUGGAGAAUCUCUGAAGAACUAUAUGAGCAGAUUUAAUGACGCAGUUUUGGAGGUUAGUUCUUUUGAUCAAGCUAUGGGAAUAGCCGCUGUGAUCGCUGGUCUCAAGCAUGACAGGUUUAGAGACAGUUUGAUCAAACAUGCUGCCACCACCUUUAGCAAGGUGAAUGAUCGGUCUCUUAAGUUUAUAACCGUUGAGGAGUAUGCCUUGGCGCAAAACCCACCCCCUCUAAGAAUCAGAACCCAGAAUGGAGGGAUGACAAUCCGAGCCGGAAAAGGAUGAAGAUGGCACAAAACCGAGGUCCGAUGUUGACCUCCCCA